AUAGAAAUGUGUACAUUUUAUACUUAUAUAAGGUUACAACAGACCUGAUGAGGGACAAGGUCAGUGUUUUGAAGGCGGUGAAACGUUUGAAGAUCUUUUAACUUCCUAAAUUAAACAUCUUCCCCCUUUUUUCUGUCAUAAAAUAUGUUCAUAUUAGGACAUCGUGACCGGCGCCACGGCAACGCGUCACUCCUGUGACGUCAGACACCGAGAGGAGGACGUAUAUAUGUGUAUGUAUGUAUAUACCUUCAAAGCAAAGACAAGAAGAAAAUGAUGGCUGCUCUGUUGCGUUGGACGGCUGUGACGCUCGUCUUCUUCCUGUCCACUGAAGACAGAGCAGAUGCUGUGGAUCCACAAAGACUUUCACGGAUCGUAAGAGGCCUGUUGAGGCAAUAUGGAGUGAAAGGAAUGUUCAGUUUGGCCGUGAGUGUUCCCGAGAACCAGAACCAGAACCAGAACAUUAACCAAAUCCUUCGGCAAGUCUUUGAGAGUGAUCCUGCUGACGACGUGAAGAACACAAUCAACAACGGCGAGGUGUACGUUGGCAGCAGGGUGGUGGCAGCCAAGGUUCUGCGGCUUGAGUCGGGAUCUGAUCACGCAGAGGCUCGCGUGGCGUCCAGUCUCGCUCACUUCACCCAAAGUCUCAACGACAACGACCUGUUGCUUUUCUACGUCUACGCCUCCCCGUGUGCCGAAAAAUGUACACUCCAGGGACACAGGAAGAACAUCCUGCAGGACGUCGGGCUCCUUCAGCAGUGGACACACCACGCAUUUGUGUUUUCUAAAAUAUUCACAUCAACAAGUGGUUUCACCAACACUCAGGAUCAACUCCAAGGAGCCCUGAGGGCGCUCGGGGCGGCCGUCGGACAAGACAGCGUGUUCCGCUGUGACGGACCAGAGUGCGUCGGCUGCUUUAGUGACAAUCAACACAUCGCUCCUUAUUGUGUUUCAGACCAAACGCAAACAGACACCAGACAGGUCAUUUCAUCCCUACAGCAGGGUUCAAGUCAGGGUUUAACUCAGGGUUUAACUCAGGGUUUAAGUCAGGGUUUAACUCAGGGUUUAACGUCAGGUAGAGGUCAGGACAGCGGCAGCAGAGGAGGAGGAGGAGGAGGAGGAGGAGGGUUCCCUUGCAGAAGACUCGCUCGUCGAGCCAAAAGGAGCAUUGGUGGAAAUGAUGACUCAGAUUCUGGCAUCUGUUCACUUUCACCACAAAAUGGCUCCUCUGAAGUAAGAGCAAGUGGACGAGGAAAAGGAGUGAGAGGAGGGAAAGGAGUGAAAGGAAAGAAAGGAGGUCGGCAGUAA